GCGUUCAGUACCACGGAAAGCUCCACAGGUCCAGAUUUUCGCGUGCAAAGGUGGUAGUUGUCAAAUUCCAAUCUGGGAAUCUAGUAUAAAGGACUACAUUAUGUAUAGCUUCACCCAUGAAACCAUAAUAUCUAGGCUUCUGGAUAUACAGUAUGUAGACUAUAGGGAGACCAAAUAUUGCACUUACAUUCUCUAAAUAUUCGAUUUGGCAAUCAUAAGAUUAUAAAGAUUUUUAAAUAGUAAACAUUUUGGUGUUUGUAUAGACUGCAUAUUUUGUUAUUUGUUGUCCAAGUGGUAAGCAGUGUGCCUAGGCCUAUAACUGUCAAAGCACCAGGACAGCUAGCUGCAUCUAGAACGGAGGAAUCAGGCAGAUUGGGGUUAGAAAGCGGAUAACUGCACGAACAACAGUAUUUGAUACUGAUUGAUAUAACUACACUCACCACUCAUCAGUACAAAAGUGUGUGAAACUUCGUUUUGCAUUUCCAAGACACAGUUGAAAUUAGGCGGAGGUGAACAUUAUACGAGCUGAUAAGAGAAACGAAAGGUCUACCGAGGAGAUUAGGAGAAGAUCUUUAGAAGAGCGCGGCUGUCUCUGAAGUCGAAGCUUCUCGCGCAAUGUCGAGGAAAAAGGCUCAAAAGGGCAAAAGCGGCUGUGCGAGUCCCUCUACCGCCAAAGACAACAACAACCGAUCCGGCAAAAGUGGCCUGGUGACAGGAGUUCAGGCUAAUGGAGUGGUGCAUCCGAGCCGGGCAUCUGUCAGCAGUAGUGAAUUCUACGACGUCGCGUUUAAGGUGAUGCUGGUAGGUGACUCAGGAGUAGGGAAGACCUGUCUGCUAGUACGUUUCAAGGAUGGAGCAUUUCUGGCUGGCAGUUUUAUUUCUACUGUGGGGAUUGACUUCAGGAACAAAGUGCUCGACAUUGAUGGGGUCAAAGUCAAACUGCAGAUCUGGGAUACUGCCGGCCAGGAGCGUUUUCGCAGUGUUACACAUGCCUACUACCGAGAUGCCCAUGCAUUGCUCCUGCUGUAUGAUGUCACCAACAAAGCAUCGUUUGACAACAUUCGGGCCUGGCUGACAGAAAUCCAUGAAUAUGCUCAGCAAGAUGUGGUUCUAAUGAUCCUGGGCAGUAAGGCUGAUGCCUCUCAUGACAGAACAGUAAGAAGAGAGGAGGGUGAGAGAUUAGCUAAGGAGUUUGGGGUGCCUUUUAUGGAGACAAGUGCACGAUCUGGUCUUAACGUGGACCUUGCCUUCACUGCCAUUGCCAAAGAGCUGAAGCACAGGUCCAUGAAGGGUGAUGAUGAGCCCAAAUUUAAAUUACAUGAGUAUGUCAACAAGGAAAUGAAGACCACAGGGUGCUGCAGGACCUAAAAGCACUUGCAAGUGUGUGUGAGUGUGUGUGUGUGUGUGUGUGUUUGUGUGUUCGUGUGUGUAUGUUCGUGUCAUAAAUGCAUUUUCAUUUACCCAGCUGUGGGAUUUUCUUUUUUUUGUUUGUUUGUUUUUGUUUGUGUGUGUGAACAUAUGGGCCUCAUGAUUAUGUUUAAAUUUGUCCACCUACAUGUGUGUGUGUGUGUAGUCACCCUGAAAGCAGGGCACAUGGCAGUGUUUCCUCAGCUUUGUUUCAUCAAACCAUUUGUGGAUUUGAAGAGUUCAUUCAAAUUGUGUUCUUCAUACUGUUUCUCGAGCAAGCACAUUUCUGCUCUUUUCUAUCUGCAAAAGCACCACACACCACAUGUGGCAGAAACACACUGCAAACACAACACAAAUAUUUAUGCAGAUAGAGCACAGAGCUACAGUUAUAUUCACAUCGAUCAAGAGAAUGGGGAAAAAAGUGUGAUCUCUGUGAACCGCAAGAUGGAUUUGGUGCCAGAUGGGCUUGCUCAAAUAUUUCAGAAACAGCUGAUCUCCAGGGAUUUUCACACAGAAUAGCCUCUAGAAUUUAUAGAGAAAGGUGUGAAAAAACAGCCCAUGUGCAAAGGGUCUACAGCUAAAACACUUUGUUGAUGAAAGAACAGAGCAGAUUGGCCAGACUGGUUUGAGCUUGACCAGAAUUGUAAUAGUAAUUCAAAUAAGUAGUCUGCAACUCUGGUAAAAAGGAUCUCAUGCAUCAAACCUUCAAAGGGGAAUGGGUUAAAACAGCAGAAGACCACGGCUGAUUCCACUUCUGUUAGUUAAAGCAAGAACCUGAUGCAAUCCUGAGCACAGUCUUAGCAAAACUGGACAGUUGAAGACAGAAAAAAUUAUAUUUAUAAAACUGGUAGUUUUUUAAAAAAUCUGUGCACAGUAUAGAGACUGCUGUGUGUAAAAUUUGCAGUGCAAAUGUUUCUCAAAUACUCAAACUAGCCCUUCUUUUAAAGCCAGAGAGAUCACAUUUUCCCAUGCUGAUAAUGGAUAUGAACAAUAACUGAAGUUUGUAACCUCUGUCUGCAUGGAUGUACAGUAUGCAGUGUGCUGCUGCUUCAUGAUUGACUUAACAGAUAUCUGCUUAAAUGAGUAGGUUUUUGUGCAGGUUUUUCUGUUAAAAUGGAUGAUUGUGGUUGAGUGGAAUGAGGCAUCCUCAUUUCAAGAAAUUACAUUGUUUUUAAUAAUCUACUGAAACAACUGUUUAUUUUAAGCUGCCAGGCCACAGUUAACUGACAAUAUUUUAAACACCACAACAUCUGUUGAGCCAUUUCAGUGUAAAUAAAUUAUAAAGAAACCGUUUCUGAAUGGGCCCUCAAAUACACAAGUGCAUACACCCUUAUGCCCCACUCCUGAAAUCAUUCCAUUAAUUGCCUGACACUCUGGAUGUGAGAAAAUAAAAAAACAUAUGCGAUAUGUGAUGUUCAAAGUUAAAAUUUAAAGGUUAAUGUGUUGAAAUGUGACCAGGGGAACAUUACUUUCAGAUCUGGUUCUGCAUGACAGCCAUGUUUGGACACCAGCAUUUAAUUAAAUGGAAAGGGUUUAAUGGUUAAAUGCUCAUUUUUUGGAGCUUUGAGCACAAAAGCUACAAUAAGGAUGUUUUCUGUAGUUGUUUUUAAUAGAUCACUGUAGACAUUUUAUACUUUCAAGCUACAAUAAAGGUUUUGUUGUCUUUUUGUUUGUUUUUGUAGCUAUUAAAGUAUUAGGGGUCAGUUUUACAGUAUUUUCUUGUGAAAGAAAGUUUAAUUGUAGCUUUAAGCCUAUUUCCUCUAACCUUUAGGAAUGGAACUGCUAACUGUUAUAUAUUAUGGAUGAAAGUGGAAAGUUAUAUAUUUUGCAAUAUUUUACUUUGAGAAACAUUGUGUAUUUUCUUAUAUUCAUCGUUAGAAGUGGUGGCUCAGUGGUUUAGAUGUUGGCCUUCUGAUCAGAAGGUUGUGAGCUCCUAUAUACCAGUGUCACCAAGCUGUCACUGUUGGGCCCAUAAGCAAGGCCUGUGAAGAUUUGUAAAUAAGAUCGUUGUAAGUUGCUCUGAAUACGGGCAUCUGUAUAGAUGUUUGUUUAUUUUACAUAAUACUCAUGAUUUAUUGGAAGUCACUUUGAACUACUAUGUCAAUUAAUCUUGAUAUUAAAAAUUUAGCAAGAAAAUGACUCUACACUUUACAUUUAGCAAGGAAAAUAUUUAACUACAUAAUUUACAUAAAUGUUAGUACUUUGUCAUUUUUAAAAUCAUUCUAUUAACAAAUCAUUAAUGUAAAUCAAGUGUUAUGCAGGAUUUUCAAAAAAAUAUAUACAAAAACUAGAAAAUCACACAUUUAUCUUAUAUUUUUUGUAUGAUUUUUUGGAAUUUACAGUGCCUAUAGAAAUUCUUAACACCUUUCUGAAAUGUACACAUUUGGACUGAAAAACUUCAAAGAUGUGAAUGCAGCAACAUAACAGCCCCUUUUUGUAAUGAAAUAAAAAUAUUUUUAAUGGCUACCCUUAUUUACAUUCUCUUAUGGUAUAUGUUUGUUGAUGAUGUUGAUGAUUAUUAUUUUCCCAUAGAUGUGUUCAAUUCCUUCCUUGUUCUUACUGCUAUCUUUUUUCUGUCUGCUUGUAUAUGUAUAUAGAGCCUUGAGAGUGGCAAUUGCCUGCCAUUGUAUCAAUUUGUAUUUUUAUGGGUUUAAUGAAUCUGUGCAUGUCCUGGCAUGUUAUUUAGACAAUAUAGCACACUACUUAACUGUAUUGUUGCAGACAUGUCAAAGCAUCACUAUCUCCGCAGCGAUUAUUUGAAUUUAAGAGCACAACAGGCUUCUACAGAACCUGCGUUGAGCUUUUAAACUGGAUUAGUUUAGCUGAGAGCACUUAAAAGUACUAGAUGGAAUGAUUAUUGAAGUGAUCACGUUAUUUCCAAUUUUCAAUACAUUAAAAGGCAUUAUAUAUAUAUUUAGUAAUAACUAAUCAGAAUCAUUCUGUCUGAAAGCAGGGAGAAACAUGAUGAACCCAGAUAAUUGUUUUUACUUAGACCAGGAAGAAUGUGGUGUAUUUAUGUUCUUUUAAAAAACCUCUUAGAUUAUGUUGCUUUUUUGCAAUAGGUUACACCAAAGCUAUUUUAAAACUGUUAAAAUUCAGUUAUAGUCUUGGUUUAUAAUCUGAGUGGUGCUAGUUAUCAUGUGUUAAAAAAUUGUUUUAAUGUUAACCUAUAAUGGAAUGGAUCAGAUCAUUUCUAUGAGGUAUGAAGACUUUGUAUAGGCACUGUUUAUUGUGAUGUAAGUGAUGUGUCUACGUGAACUGUGAAGAUACAUGAAUGCAUAUUCAUAUGCACCUAAAGCUUAUUCUCAAAAGUUUGUCACUUGACAAAAUAAAGUUGUGCUGUUUACACAGUUAUGUUUUAUUAUUUCCUUUCCUUAAAAAACUUAUUUACUCUGAUCAUGGAAAGAAAAUGUAGUACUUGUACCGUUUGCUCUCUGGAUGUAACUAUAAAUUGAAUCUAAGUAAUGCCUUGUGAUCUUUUUGAGACGUUCAGCUUCUUGAUGUGCAAUAACUAUAUGUUUAAUAAAAGUGUACAUUCCAAUUGCAGGA